AUGUACGACCAGAUCCUCGGCUCAUUCUACUCAAUCCCACUGCGAAUCCCCUCAGACACCAUCAGCGCCACCCUCUCAGCCUCACCGCGCUCAUACUCCGCGCAAAUCAGCACCGCCCUGCACCAACACCGCCAAUCCCUCUACACCGCCAUAUCCGCGGAUCCUGCGCGCUUCCUCCUCCUCGCCAUGCUCCUCUGCAACGACGCCAUCUUCUCCGAAGCCCUCAUCCACAUUGCCGGCGCACACCCAUGCUGGCCCUGGCCUGCGAAACGCACCUGCCUGCCCGAAGAAAUCAUACAGCUCGUGGUCCGCAAGUCCGCAGAGCUGGGUCAAAUGUGUCUCGAAGCGGAGCGCGAUCUCCUCCUCUUGACCAUCCACAUCGACCGCUUCGGCCCCGUCGAGCCGCAAGUCCACUCUACCUUUCCAACAUGGUUCAUCGUAGCCACGUUCCGCGACCAAUUCGCGCGCACCUUCCACGCGCUCGAAGCAGAUCGGCAAGCUUCGCUUAAACGCGGCGCGCUGUUCAGGAAGAUACGCAAGGGCGGGGAAGAGUACAUGGCGCUGGGCGAGAUGCGCAGGUUGAUGGCGAGGGUGAUGCCGAGUGCGGUGGGGGGCUUGGAGGAGGAUUUGGGCAUGUUGAAGGAGUGUGCGAGGGGGGUCGUGGAAGAUCUCGCGAGAAACGAAUUGUGUUUGGAUGUGGAGGGGGGCCGGGUCGGGUAUUUGACAUGUGUGAAGGUUGGGAGGGAGGAUGUUCCUUGGCGGGCGGGAGGGAAGGGGCUGGACUGA